CUUGUUGACAUUUACACUUUUGUUUAGUGUAGCUAUAUUCCCUAUAUCUCCCAUAACCAUUCAUGUGGAACAUGGAGAAUUUAUCAUGGUCUGGGAUUUAAUGUACUAAUCAUUUGGUGUUAUGUGUUUGAAACUUAGUACUAGGGUAAGGCCAUACAAACUUGCUUAUCAGAUUUUUUUUUUUUUUUUUAAUAAGUGACGUGAGGGAGCAAGUAAAAUAGAGAAAUACAAGUGGACCACCUUGUUAAAAUACUAUAUCGACCUAAGGGACCUUAAUACUAUAGCGAACUUAUACCUAGUGACCACGUCAACAGAUCUGAGCCUUUUCAUGUAAUGGUUAAAGUUGGGAAAUGACAGUCACAUGGAUCAUGGUUUGAGUCCCAGGCGCUGAGGCACAGUUCAUUUUUCAUCCUCUGAGAGUACGUUUGUUCUGUAUUUCUUUAUUGAAAGCUUGAUGGCAUUAUUUGCUAUAAUCUUUAAACUGUUCAGAUGUGUAUUUUAUUUUUGAGAAAUGUGAGAGGCAUCUGUUAAACAGUUAAUUCAAUUUGUUAUACAAGAGUAGCCGAUCAUAUGUUUUCAAAGAAACACUGGAUUUAAUAACCAAGAUAGGAGGAAAACACUUAAAAAUAGAUCCUAUUUAAUUGGCAGUUUAAAAACCUUGACAUUCCUCCUUCCAGAAAUGCAGAAAUAGUCCUACAGUUUUUCCAAGGUGCAGGACUUCAACGGUUUUUAAUUAUAUAUUGAUCUAUUUUUCCAUAAGUCAGAUCACAACAAAUGGUAGGAACGCUCAACUGCAUUCUCUUAUAUCGAGGUGGAGUUAAGUUUUGAUAACUAACUGGUCGUGGUAUUUGCUAGCGCCAAAAUUGAUUUUUUCUUUUAAAUCUUAUUAUAAGGUUAGGUUAAGGUAGAUAGGGUUAGCAGUGUGGUUAGGUAAAAAAAAAACUGAUUUUAUGACUUGAUGGCGGUGCCAGCUGCUGUCCAGUCUGCAGCGCUUCCUCAUGAGUCAUCGCAAUAAAUGCCAACCUGCGUAUUGCACUGUCAAUUGUCUUUGACAAACACUGCCAUCUGCUGGAUAGAAAAGUGCAUGCAGCUUAUUCCCUCUCCACAUGGAUGAAAAGUAGUCCCACCUCCUGUGUUUUGGUGCGCCGAGGAAUCACGUGACAUGUCUAUAUUCUUGUUUUGCUCAUCUCAUUUCCUACACAGUCUCCGAAAUUCUCAAUACCGCCGUAAAAAUGGUGACACCGGAGAACUUGUCCGGCGAGACAGGCGCUCAAAGGGAGCCCAAAUUUGACCGGGAUGCGUCCACGACGGCCGUGGACACAGCAAUCGUGCUUCUCGGAGCCGGGGUGACAGCGAUCACACACCCGCUGCUGUACGUCAAACUGCUAAUUCAGAUUGGACAUGAGCCCCUCACCCCAACUGUCGGAACCACCAUGUUUGGGAGGAAAGUGUUGUACCUCCCUGGAUUCUUCUCCUAUGCACAGCACAUCAUAAGGGUGGAUGGAAAGAGGGGACUCUUCCGAGGUCUGUCCCCUCGUAUUAUGUCCAGUGCCAUCUCUACCAUGGUCCGGAGUAAAGUCAAACAGACCAUUCCAGCAGAGGAGGUAGAGAAUGUAUCUGACAGAGAUGACUUGAACACCUCCAUCAGGAAAGUGGUCAAAGAGACCUCACAUGAGAUGGUCAUCCAGUGCCUGUCCAGGAUAGCCACUCAUCCCUUCCAUGUGAUCUCAGUGCGCUGCAUGGCCCAGUUUGUGGGGAGAGAGAUCAAGUACAGGGGGUUGUUCAGCUGCAUAGCCAACAUCUUCAAGGAGGAGGGCGUUGGGGGAUUCUUUGCGGGGGUUGUGCCCCAUGUCCUGGGUGAGGUCAUCUUCCUGUGGUGUUGUAACCUCCUGGCCCACUUCAUCAACACCUACGCAGUGGACAACAAUUUCAGCCAAGCCCCAGCAGUGAGAAGCUACACUAAGUUUGUGAUGGGGAUUGCAGUGAGUGUGUUGACAUACCCAUUUAUGCUGGUGGCAGACCUGAUGGCAGUCAACAACUGUGGCUUAGUGGCUGGUGUUCCCCCUAACUCUCCCAUCUUCAAGUCCUGGGUGCGCUGUUGGGCUCACCUGAGCCAUGAGGGCCAUCUCUUCCGAGGAUCCAGCUUCUUCUUCCGCCGCGUACCUGUGAAAGCGAUGGCCUUAACUGAGGAGUGAUGUCAUCAACCGCCGCACAACCUGUGCCACUGUUCUCCCUCCUAACUGGUACCUCAGUGAGACCAACGUACAGCCCACCAAGUCAAACCUUCCCCUCACCUUAAACACCCUGGUGGGUACAGCAGGAGCAGCAAGAUAUCAAUGGGCUUGGUGAUCUAGUGAUCUUUUUUUUUUGCUGAAUCAAAGUUACUUACAAAAGAAGUUGUUUUGUUAAUUUGGUUUUUAAUCUUAAGCAUUAGUGUAGCCACUCAAAAGUAAGAGGUUGGAGAAUUCAUGUGAGCAAAAUCAAAAUUCUAUCCAAUAGAUGUCCUCUUGGUUGAAUGCUGAGAGUAUAAUCUCCUUUUACUAUCCCAGCCUAAAGUUGCACAAUUAUUUUUUAUUUUUUAAAUUCAAAUCUAUCACUUCAUUUAGCCAUUUAUUUAUUUUUAUAUACAGUUUAAUUAAGUUCUAUGUAAGCUUUGGAAUUGGAUAGGUGAUAACGUCAUCUAUUGAAAUAUACCAAAUGUUUAUUUUUCAAAUGAUCUUCUUCCCAGAAGCAUGAUAAGUGUGCUUGCAUUCAAAGGGGAUCCUUUGUCUCCUAUCAGAGGUGCUUUAACCAAGAAUUAUACCUAUUCAGAAACAUCAUAAACCCACGAUAACUGGAGUACUCUCCUUUCAACCAUAAGAUUAAUUAGACAACUGGUUUCUCGCAAAUUCUUACAAAUUGCAGCUCUAGUGUUCGCCUGCCAUGAGGAGUAUGAAACGGGAGGAAUUCAGAGGGCAACCAGUGGUUUUCAGGGAUGUCUAAAAACGUAUCCUGCCAUGAGGAGUAUGAAACGGGAGGAAUUCAGAGGGCAACCAGUGGUUUUCAGGGAUGUCUAAAAACUUAUCCUGCCAUGAGGAGUAUGAAACGGGAGGAAUUCAGAGGGCAACCAGUGGUUUUCAGGGAUGUCUAAAAACGUAUCCUGCCAUGAGGAGUAUGAAACGGGAGGAAUUCAGAGGGCAACCAGUGGUUUUCAGGGAUGUCUAAAAACUUAUCCUGCCAUGAGGAGUAUGAAACGGGAGGAAUUCAGAGGGCAACCAGUGGUUUUCAGUGAUGUCUAAAAACGUAGCCUGCCAUCCAAAAAAGGUUUUCUCUGUGGCCAUAUUGACAACUGUCCUUAAUGUAUAAUAUAUCAAAUAAGUGAUAUAUCUAACUGGUGCAACAUUAUGGGUAUGUUUGUGUUACCAAUGACAAAGAAAUGCUAAAUUAUGUGAUGACAAUGGCUGAGCAUAUUAUGCAUAUUACGAUACGUUUUGCAGUCAGGCUAAGGGUGUGUGCCUGAUCUUUGAACCAACCAUUUCUGUUUGUUCCUUUUUGACUGCAAGUGAAGAUCCCAAUUAACCUGAUAGUUUAGUUAACCACUUGUAGUAGCAUAUAAAUAAAAGGAAUCACCUUACCUCCUCGUUAACAUUAUCAUAUUGUGUCUCCCCCUGCCCCCAUGAUCAGUGUUAACCACAAAAUGAUCUUGACCGUGUUUUUGUCCUUAUUCCAGAUUUUUUUUUUGCAAUGGAUUGCUCUAAUCAUGUCUACUUGAAAUAAUGUGUGGGAAAAAGCUUGCAGAAGAGACCUGCUUUGCCAAGUGUGUGAGUGGGUUUAUGAUGUGUGCAUCUUUAUACCAUGUAAUUGAGAAUAUGAUGUCCAGUGCUGUAAUCUGUCUGUAUGUUUUUUUUCUUCUCAAAAUGUCAUGAGCAUUCACUCUCGUUUGUGUGUGUGUGUUCCAGUCAAACAUUCCCUGUAAACUGUGAUCUCCGAAAGAGGGAGAAGCAAUGGCGAGGCAGUUGCUUUGCGACCUUGCAUUUCCGAUGUCUAUUUCCCUGAAAUAAUAUGAAACCUGGCAUUCUUGUCUAUUCUACAGUAUCUGUGUUUGUUUUAACCUAUCGUUUGAUCUGGUUUUAUAUUUAAAAAAAAAAAAAGAAAUUACAUGGAUGAUGUGAUGGUCUUUACAAGUAGUCAUUUCUCUGUGAACAACUGGGCAGACACACACACACAUUUUUGUGCCAGGCAGCAGCUUGAAUGAGAGGGUCAAAGAGUGGUAAUUUCCUGUUAAUGUAUUAGCUGGGACAGACACAUACUUUUUGUUCCCUGCAUAGUUAAUCAUUCAUCAGCUUUUCAUUAAACCCAUUUGUAAUAUAAAAUCUAUCUGACCAGUUAAAAUCCAUUGUGCAUGCCAGGAGUUGUUCUACAUGUCCAGUCUGCACAAAGCAGUCUUUCUUUUACCCAGUGGGUCACAGCGGUGACCUGUCUUGCCAUGAAUGAUGUUCAAAACCCCAAAAGAACUGGUUGUCCCUGUUGGUGAAAUAACAUAAACAAGGCACUCACCUUGCAACUAAUCUAAAAAGGUUGUUUGUUUCUGAUCCUAGCACACAAAAAAAGUAAAAUGAGCAUGUUAAACUUACAAUUUAUAGCCAGACCAACAGAGCUCUUGCAAGGAUUUAAUAGAAGAUGGAUUGAAAAGAAGAGUUUUAGACCGUUCAAGACCCCCUGGGCAACAUGUUAGCAACCUGCCAGACUGUUGGCCUAAUGAUGACAUUAAGGUGAAAUCUCUGGGCAGCUCCAUCUCUAGGAUUUUGUAUAUUUUACACGAGUAACAACUAUAAUAUAUAGUUGAUACGUGCUAUAUAUC